GAGACCAUAGGCUGCUCAGACGACACUCGCUGAGGAAUGUCUCUUGAUGUGACUUUGGAAAAUCUAAAUGCCACACUACAGCAAAUAUCCGAGUUGUUACGGACAGUGGAGAUUGCAAUACUCAUAGUGGCUGUAGCUCUCUCCAUAUUGUUGAUAGGUAUGACAGCUAUCUGCUACUACUCCAAGUACAAAAAGUAUAGCUUACUACGAGGUGAAGAUGAGAGGAGUGAGAACUCGUACGCAAAGAGUUCUUACCAUCCAACCAAAAUUUGACCAGUUUUUUAUAUUCUUGUUUGUGUUCAGGUGGUUGCCAAAGGCAAGACACACAUCUACUUGUUUCAGAUGCUUAGCAAUUUGUAAGGAUAAUUUUGAAUAUUUCCUAGAAAUUUACCUUGGGUAAAGUAGUCAGUUCCAGUUUUUAGCCUAUACGGUAGAAACUGCAUGAUUGUUCUUUAUGUUUUGCCAUCCGCGUGCCAAUUAUUGUUCUCCCUCAC